AAGGUCAAACGAACUGACCUUUUGCGGAAUCUACCCUCGCACGUGACUGCAGGGCGUCUACACCCUCACCCUUCUUCUGCCUUCUCUCCACCCCCAAGCCAGACAGCCUCAGUCUCCCAGGCCCGUGGCUUUGACCCGUGAUGGCUCUGCUGGGCGCGCUUGUCUGCUGCCUGUUGCUCGCCUGGCGUGGCAGUCCCGGGUUCGGGCUGCCCCUGGCGCCUGAGAGUUCAGCUCCGGCUGUGGGACAGUUUUGGCAUGUGACUGAUUUACACUUAGAUCCUACUUACCACAUCACAGAUGACCACAGCAAAGUGUGUGCUUCAUCUAAAGGCGCAAAUGCCUCCAAUCCUGGUCCUUUUGGAGAUGUUCUGUGUGAUUCUCCCUAUUACCUUAUUUUGUCAGCAUUUGAUUUCAUUAAAAAUUCAGGACAAGAAGCAUCUUUCAUGAUAUGGACAGGGGAUAGCCCACCUCACGUUCCUGUGCAUGAACUCUCAACAGACUCAGUCAUAAAUGUGAUUGCUAAUAUGACAACCACCAUCCAGAGUGUCUUUCCAAAUCUCCAGGUUUUCCCUGCACUGGGUAAUCAUGACUAUUGGCCACAGGAUCAACUGCCUGUAGUCACCAGCAAGGUGUACAAUGCAGUAGCAAAUCUCUGGGAGCCCUGGUUGGACGAAGAAGCUAUUCAUACUUUAAGGAAAGGUGGCUUUUACUCACAGAAAGUUUCACCUAAUCUGAACCUUAGGAUCAUCAGUCUAAACACAAACUUGUACUACGGCCCAAAUAUCAUGACUCUGAAUAAGACUGACCCAGCAAAUCAGUUUGAAUGGCUAGAAAAGACACUGAACACCUCUCAGCAAAAUAAGGAGAAGGUGUACAUCAUAGCACAUAUCCCAGUAGGAUAUGUGCCCCAUUCAAGGAACGUCACAGCAAUGAGAGAAUUGUAUAAUGAGAAAUUGAUAGAUAUUUUUAGAAGAUACAGCAAUGUCAUUGCAGGACAAUUUUAUGGACACAUUCACAGAGAUACUAUUAUGGUGCUUUCUGAUAAAAAAGGAAGACCGGUAAAUUCUUUGUUUGUGGCUCCUGCUGUUACCCCAGUGAAGAGUGUUGCAGAAAAACUGACCAACAAUCCUGGCGUCAGACUAUUUCAGUAUGAUCCUCAUGAUUAUAAACUAUUGGAUAUGUUGCAGUAUUAUUUGAACCUGACAGAUGCAAAUCUAAAGGGAGAAUCCGACUGGAAGCUGGAAUAUAUGCUGACUCAGACCUAUGACAUUGAAGAUUUGCAGCCAAAAAGUUUGUAUGCAUUAGCUAAGCAAUUUUCAGUCCUGAACAGUGAGCAGUUUAUAAAAUACUACAAUUACUUCUUUGUGAGUUAUGACAGCAGUGCAAUUUGCAAUGGGGAAUGUAAGUCCUAUCACGUUUGUGCCAUUAUGAGUCUUGAUCAUAUUUCCUAUGAAGAUUGCCUCAAACAAUAUUAUAUAAAGGACUAUCCCUAGUACUUAACUGUUUGUGUUCAUAGAAAAUGUAACAUUGUUCUGUUUCUGAGAUCGGUUUGUGGGAACUGUUACAUAAAUCUUGUGGGUUACUGAGUGGGCCAGCAGAAUUCUUAUCUUUGCUUUCUUUUUUAUAAUCCUCAAAUGUGGAUAUUUGUAACAUUCUACAUUUUUAUUAUAUUGAAUAUAUAACUGCCCAUUACAAGAAUGAUGUCUGGAUGUCAGUAUCCUGUCUUCCAGUUUAUAGAAUUAUAUCUAAUUUUCACCCUUGUUGCAACUGUCAUUUAUAUAAAUAAAGCAAAUGACUUCUCACGCAUGAUGAA